CAGGGCCUGGGGAUCACACAGGAUCCGGAGCCCGUGCUGAUAACAGCGGAAUCCCCUAUCUACCUCUCUCCUUGGUCCUGGAAUAGCGCUACCGAUCACCAAGUAGCCAUAAGAUAGUAUAAUAAACGCUCAGCACUUGCUCAGUAGUUUUGUGAAAGUCUCGAAUAAAAGGGACAUAAAACAAUUUUUUCGUGUGUGUAUGAAGGACUCCAAAAAUAAAAUUCUCUAGGGAUUAAAAAAAAACAACAACAACAGAAAAUGCCAGCUGAUAUAAUGGAGAAAAAUUCCUCGUCCCCGGUGGCUGCUACUCCAGCCAGUGUCAACACGACACCGGAUAAACCAAAGACAGCAUCUGAACACAGAAAGUCAUCAAAGCCUAUUAUGGAGAAAAGACGAAGAGCAAGAAUAAAUGAAAGUCUGAGCCAGCUGAAAACACUGAUUUUGGAUGCUCUUAAGAAAGAUAGUUCGCGGCAUUCCAAACUGGAGAAAGCAGACAUUCUGGAAAUGACAGUGAAGCACCUCCGGAACCUGCAGCGGGCACAGAUGACGGCCGCGCUAAGCACAGACCCGAGCGUGCUGGGGAAGUACCGCGCGGGUUUCAGCGAGUGCAUGAACGAGGUGACCCGCUUCCUGUCCACGUGCGAGGGCGUUAACACCGAGGUGCGCACCCGGCUGCUCGGCCACCUGGCCAUGCACAAUGGUGCCUGGUGCUGGGUGAUCUUGGGUGCGCCCUGCAAGCUGGGCAGCCCCGCCGGAGAGGCAGCUAAGGUGUUCGGUGGCUUCCAGGUGGUGCCGGCUCCUGACGGCCAGUUCGCCUUCCUCAUCCCCAAUGGGGCCUUUGCUCACAGUGGCCCCGUCAUCCCAGUUUACACCAGCAACAGCGGGACCACCGUGGGACCCAAUGCAGUGUCGCCUUCCAGCGGACCUUCGCUCACGGCCGACUCCAUGUGGAGGCCCUGGCGGAACUGAGGGGCUCAGGCCACCCCUCCCCUCAAACUCAACCUCUCUCUCUUCUCUCGGGACACUAAACAGGAACUUGGAUGCUGGGAAAGAAGAGAACUUUUGUGAUUAAGUGGUUACUUUGUGUUUUUAAUUUCUAAAAAGUUACUUUUUUUGUAGAGAGCUGUAUUAAGUGACUGACCAUGCACUAUAUUUGUAUAUAUUUUAUAUGUUCAUAUUGGAUUGCGCCUUUGUAUUAUAAAAUUUCAGAUGACAUUUCGUUUUUUACACGAGAUUCCUUUUUUAUGUGAUGCCAAAGAUGUUUGAAAAUGCUCUUAAAAUAUCUUCCUUUUGGGAAGUUUAUUUGAGAAAAUAUAAUAAAAGAAAAAAGUGAAGGCU